AUGCCCCUACCUUGGCCUUUCUCCUAUUUCCAGAAGAGCCUGGGGCAGGCCAAGAAGAUCAUGCAAAUUGAUGAAGCGAUUGGGAAGGUGGCUGUGCCCGUCAUCCUCUCCCAGGUGCUCGAGCUCUUCCUGGAGUCGCUGUUGAAGAAGGCCUGCCAGGUGACCAUGACCACGUCCCACCUGGAGCAGCGCAUUGGGCUGGAGCAGCAGUGUGGAGUUCUGGAAGGACCUUGGUGGCCUCUGUGUCAGACUGCCCCCGGGGACCGGAAGCCAGGCAGCAGUGGCCGGAAGAAUGGAGGGGGGGGGGGACGGGAAGCAAAGGCAAGGACAAGAAGCUGUCAGGACGUCGAGCAGGAGGAUGAGGCUGAGGACACAGAUACUGAUGGGGAAGAGGAGAUGACGUUGCAGGAUUUUCUACCACAAUACCCGGGAUUCGUUGCCUCGACGCUUGGAAGAAUGAAGAGCUCCUUCUCGGGUCCCACCCUUAUUGGCUGGACAGCUCUAGGUGCCGGAUUGUCCAUUCCGGAUUGGCUCGUUUCCGUUUCCCGCCCGGGUGUCUCAGCCCCUGAUGCAGAGGAUGAAAAGGCUUAUGACUCUUAG